CAGAGGCAGCAGUAGCAGCCGGUCGUGGGGAGGAGGUGGCGGCGGCCAGGCGGCCUCUGCUGCCGGUGCUGGAGGCGGUGGGUGCUGCGGCCAGCCCCGUGUCCCGGAGCUGAGAAAAGCUGCUGCUGCUGGGAGCCUAGCCGUGCGGAUAUGUUUCACACUCUGUGCUGGCUGUCUGUACUUACAGAAGAUAUUUAAAAACAAACAUUUUUGUCAAAGAUUUUGAUUCCAGUGGAAUCUGUGCUUUAGAUUUUGUCUUGUGAAUUAACUUCUGAAACAAUGCCUGUACAAGCUCCACAAUGGACGGAUUUUCUCUCCUGCCCAAUUUGCACACAAACUUUUGAUGAAACGAUCCGGAAGCCCAUCAGCUUGGGCUGCGGCCACACUGUCUGCAAGAUGUGCCUCAACAAGCUCCACCGUAAGGCAUGCCCUUUCGACCAGACCACUAUCAAUACAGAUAUUGAUCUCCUCCCUGUGAACUCAGCCUUGUUGCAGCUAGUGGGUGCUCAGGUUCCUGAGCAGCAGCCAAUUACUUUGUGCAGUGGAGCAGAAGACACCAAACAUUAUGAGGAGGCCAAGAAAUGCGUGGAAGAACUAGCAUUGUACCUCAAACCACUCAGCAAUGCGAGAGGUGUGGGUCUGAACAGUACCACUCAGAGUGUGCUAAGUCGCCCCAUGCAGAGGAAGCUUGUAACGCUAGUUCACUGCCAGCUAGUAGAGGAAGAAGGGCGGAUCAGGGCCAUGCGUGCAGCACGGUCACUGGGUGAAAGAACAGUCACAGAGCUCAUUCUUCAACAUCAAAAUCCCCAGCAACUCUCUUCCAACCUCUGGGCUGCAGUGAGGGCCAGGGGCUGCCAGUUCCUUGGGCCAGCAAUGCAAGAGGAAGCACUGAAGCUGGUUCUGCUGGCUCUGGAAGAUGGAUCUGCUUUGUCACGAAAGGUCUUGGUUCUCUUUGUGGUGCAGAGAUUGGAGCCACGAUUUCCUCAAGCUUCUAAAACCAGCAUUGGGCAUGUUGUCCAGCUUCUUUACAGAGCCUCCUGCUUCAAGGUGACUAAACGUGAUGAGGACUCCUCCCUGAUGCAGUUGAAGGAGGAGUUCCGUACCUAUGAAGCUCUGCGAAGGGAACAUGAUUCCCAGAUUGUGCAGAUUGCCAUGGAAGCAGGUUUACGCAUUGCACCGGAUCAGUGGUCCUCGCUGCUAUACGGAGAUCAGUCCCACAAAUCCCACAUGCAGUCCAUCAUUGACAAGUUGCAGACCCCAGCCUCAUUUGCACAGAGUGUUCAAGAACUAACCAUUGCUCUCCAGAGGACUGGAGACCCAGCCAACCUGAACCGGCUUCGACCUCACCUAGAGCUCUUGGCAAAUAUUGACCCUAGUCCAGAUGCCCCACCCCCAACAUGGGAACAACUAGAAAAUGGAUUAGUUGCUGUGAGGACAGUGGUACAUGGACUAGUUGAUUACAUCCAGAAUCACAGCAAGAAAGGAACAGAUCAGCAGCAGCCUCCUCAACACAGCAAGUAUAAGACAUACAUGUGCCGAGACAUGAAGCAGAGAGGAGGGUGUCCUCGUGGAGCCAGCUGCACCUUCGCACAUUCGCAGGAGGAAUUAGAAAAAUUUCGUAAAAUGAACAAACGCCUGGUUCCCAGAAGACCGCUGAGUGCCUCCUUGGGCCAGCUAAAUGAGGUGGGCCUGCCUUCAGCAGCUAUCCUCUCGGAUGAAGGGGCAGUGGACUUGCCCAGUAGAAAAUCCUCUGCCUUGCCGAAUGGGAUUGUGUCUACGGGCAGCACAGUGACGCAGCUUAUCUCCCGAGGGACCGACUCCGGCUAUGAUUCUGCUCUGAAGCCAGGGAAGAUCGACCACCUUAGCAGCAGUGCCCCUGGAUCCCCUCCUGACUUGCUGGAGUCUGUCCCCAAGAGCUCUAUUUCUGCCUUACCAGUGAACCCCCACCCUGUGCCCCCGAGAGGACCUACAGACCUGCCUCCAAUGUCCAAGCAACUCCAAAUGGUACCACGAGGGUCACAGUUGUAUCCUGCUCAACAGGGAGAUGUGUUUUAUCAGGAUCCUAGAGGAUCUGCCCCACCAUUUGAGCCAUCACCUUAUCCACAAGGUGUGUACUAUCCUCCUCAGUCCUCACAGUGCAUGUCUCGUUUUGUCCGACCUCCACCAUCUGCUCCUGAACCUGGUGGUCCUUACUUAGACCAUUACCCACCCUACCUUCAGGAUCGUAUGGUGAAUUCGCAGUACGGCACACAGCCACAGCAGUAUCCUCCCAUGGGACAACCUAUGUACCAACAUUAUGAGAGCCGGCGUGUGUACCCCUCUGCCCAACCAUACCAGCGAGAAGAGAUUGUCCGAGGAAGUCCUGUGCCCAUUGACAUUCCACAUGGAGCUGCACCUCCCUACGUACCUGAAUCCAGAGACCGAUACCAGCAAAUGGAGGGUUAUUAUCCCGUGGGUCCACAUCUCAAUCAGAUCAGACCAUACCACAGAGAGCCUUAUAACCGACUUCCGCCUCCAUCUCAAACCCAUCCCAGCCUGGAUGAGCUUCAUCGUCGAAGGAAGGAAAUCAUGGCCCAGUUAGAAGAAAGGAAGGUGAUCUCCCCACCUCCCUUUGCACCGUCACCAACUUUGACUCACCCCUUCCACCCAGAGGAGGUUUUUGUUUUUGUACAGUACUCGGAUGAAGACCUGAAGGUAGCUGGGAAAUACAAAGGAAAUGAUUAUAGCCAGUACUCUCCUUGGUCGUGUGACACCAUUGGCUCCUACAUUGGAACCAAAGAUGCAAAACCCAAAGAUGUUGUGGCAGCAGGGAGUGUAGAGAUGGCGAACAUAGAUAGUAAAGGCAUGCGUGACCAGCGGUUGGACUUACAGAGAAGGGCAGCAGAAGCUGGGGACGAUGACCUCAUCCCAUUUGGUGACCGGCCAACUGUGUCAAGGUUUGGGGCCAUCUCGCGUACUUCCAAAACAAUGUACCAGAGUUCUGGCCCCAUGCAGGCCAUGGCGGUACAGGGAGCUUCCACCAAAUCUAUCAACAUUUCAGAUUACAGUCCGUAUGGAACUCAUGGCGGCUGGGGAGCUUCUCCAUAUUCACCCCACCAAAACAUACCUUCUCAGGGACGCUUCAGUGACAGGGAGAGAUUGUCCAUGUCAGAUGUGGCCAGUCACGGGAAACCCUUGCCGUCAGCUGAGAGGGAGCAGCAGCUCAGGCUGGAACUGCAGCAACUAAACCAUCAGAUCAGCCAGCAGACGCAGUUACGAGGACUGGAGGCUGUUAAUAACAGGCUGCUGUUGCAGAGGGAGGCGACCACCCUGGCAGGCCAGCCACAGCCGCCACCUCAUAAAUGGCCUGCAAUGAUCUCAAGUGAACAGCUGAGUAUGGAACUGCACCAGGUGGAAAGGGAAAUCGGGAAGAGAACCCGUGAGCUGAGCAUGGAGACCCAGUCUUCACUGGACAUGAAAAGCAACCUGGGCACCAAUAAACAGACAGAAAAUGGACAACUAGAACCACAAAGCAAGGUUCCAGCUGAGGACCUCACACUGACGUUCAGUGAUGUUCCAAAUGGAUCAGUCUUGACGCAAGAGAACAUCAGCCUCCUGUCAAACAAGACCACAUCUCUGAACCUGUCAGAGGACCCAGAGGGGGGAGGAGACCAUCAGGACUCCCAGAGAACAGGAGUUGCACCCACCUCUUCUCCAUGAAGUGAGGAAAGCAUCCCCCCAGAGUUUCUAUUGGGGAGGAGGAGUUGGUAGCUUCCAUCACGCUUCCCUCUAAAGGUGGUCAGAGAAAUGCAGGAGCAGCAGCAGCAGGAGGUCCGGAGGCAAUGUGCACAAACACCACUACUAGAAACAAACCCUGCACAUAGUUCACAUUAAUGCGUUUUUUAAUUAAAAAAAAAUUAGCAGUAUCUGCAAGCAAUUCAGAUUAAAUUUGUUUUUGUUCUGUGAAUGAACUUUAUUUUAAUAACUUCGGACGCCUUGGAUCCAGGGCUUUAAAAAAAAGAUAUUAUAUAUAUAUACUCUGUUUGAUUAAUUGUAUGAUCUUAAUGAAGUAGGUUUUUUCUUUUACUUUGGUAUUAUUACAUACCCAGUGUAUAAUUCCUUACCACCUCCACUCCCUUUCACCUCAGAACAACGUUGGCCGCCUCCUUGUAUGAAUUUAAAGGUGAAUGAGGGACAUAGGAUGGAGGGAGGCUAUGAAUUGCAGUGUCAGAAAACAUGCAGCAAACAUCAGUAGGUUUUUAAAAUGAAUUUCUUGUAACUAGGAGUUCUCUUCAACGCCUACAAUACCUUUCUACUUAUACCCAUUGGCUUUUAGCCACAGUUGAUGCAAUCGUCUCAGCUCAGUGAAAGCAUUCCAUAAUAUUCAUCCCACUGCAGCAUGUAUCCCCAAGGCUAUUAUUUAAGCAGUAGCAAAAAGAGUGGUGUAUGCACAUUACAUUUAUUUAACUAGGAACUGAUAUGACAUUGUAUUUUGUGGUUGGGAUUAGAGUUCAGUAAAGGACAGAGGGCCUCAACUAGUUGAGACCUGUAUGUUUCAGACUUCCAGGAGAAAUUGAAGAAAUUAGUUGUCUGGUGCCUGAGCUGCUUGGCCAACCAGCAGUUGUCACUGAGCAACAUGACAGAGGCACCAAAAAGUUUCCAUCCCUUGCAAUAGGAAGGUAAAAAGAGAGCGAGAACACAGAUUUUAAGGAAGGAAAAUAACUGAGAACUAGCUUGCAAAGACCCUUUUUCAUCAGCCGCUAUUUAGAAAGAUGGAAGUUUCCUUUGUUAGGGCAUAGGAAGAUAGCCUUUUAUAAAGGGUCUUUUUUUGUAGCCCAGCCUCUUCCAAUCAUGAAAGCAUCUAGGAUUGCUUCAGAAAGGGCAUGGACUACCUGUUAUGGACCCGAUCCAAAGCCCACUGAAAUCAGUCAGUAAAGACACUUCCAUUGACUUCUGAGCUUUGGAACAGGCCUUCCAUUUGCGUUUUUUUUUUUAACUAUUUCAAUUAUAGCUUUUUUGCCCUUACUGCUAAUUACUGAGCUGCUUGUGUAUAAAUAUAAGUCUUCUACUUUUAUAAUCUGCCACCUCUGGCCUGCAAUUUGUUUGUGGUGUCAGUGAAGGCUUCUCAUGGGAAGAGGAAGAGAACUUUCGUUUACAUGCACAAAACUUGGCAAUUAGCAAAAGUAGAGGAGGGCAAGUGUAGAAGUAAUAGUAAUGCUUGGUACGAUCCAUGCAUACCAGAAUUGGACAGCAAUGACUGGAAAUCCAGCUGCUGCUCUUUAGCUUUGUCUGUCAUUGCUGCAUGGAAUCCUUUCAGAAGCCAGCAUUUCUUCUCUGUCGGAGAAAAGUUACAUCCAGAAAUGCCACUUCAGGUCCAACAGCGAUCCUGCCAGAAGCAUUUGGAAUACUUGAAAGCCAGGAUUUUUUUGUGACCUAUGUCAUUUGCUCAGUCUCCCAAUGGAGGUGGGUAGGUGGAGAUGACACCUGAAUGGAAGCGGGUUUAAGAAGUCACAAGCCUUUCAGUUCUGUGUGGUAUCAUUCCACUGAGAAGUUCCUCUUAACAGGCAGAGAAAUCUUUGAGGAUUUGCUCUUGCUGCAUGUAUUUUGACCCUUUCUGCCUGCACUGAACUGAGCCCCUCUGAAUAGAAAACUCAGUGGAGAAGAGUGUGUUCAGUGUUGCUCCCUCCAUGCCCGUGUGGCCUGCUUUUUGUUUUUUCUUUCUGGAUUAGACUACUAAAUCAGAAAGCACUGGUUAUGUAAUAAAUUUAUUGCAUUGCUUUGGUUGGGUAAAAGCAAGAGUUAAUACUUUUCUUGUUUAGUUGUUUCUUAACCCUUAACUCCUGCUGAGGUCGUAGGAACCUUGGACUAAGCUUUGCAUCCAUUAUACUGUUAAUUUAAACAAAAUGGGGGAGGGGGUAGAUACAGUCCCACUAUUGCCUACCAGUAGAGUGUCCAAACAGAAGACUCUUUUGAGUAGCGAUUAUUUAAUUUGCCCAGUCAAGGCACCGCAUUUAUAUACUAUUUCACAUUGAAUUUGAUUAUGCCCUACAGACCUGGCUGGUCAAGGAUUUGAUACACAUAUUGGCUUGGGAUUCGAGCUUUCUUUUUUAUUUAAAUAAAAAUUUAUAUAUAUAAAUGUGUAUAUAUAUAUACAUAUAUACAUAGUUAUAUCUGUAUAUAUAUUGGGUAUGUUUUAAGAAUUUUUUCACAUGAGCGCAGCUGUUCUGAUCAAAUGUCUGAUUGGGAGGUAGAAGCACGGAACGAAGAUAAAGCAUUUUCAGCUCACAGCCACACUCUUCGUGCAUUCGUGCACGUUUAUUUCACUCUUAGCUUAACUUUGGCCUCAGAAUUGCUGAAGAAAGCAGUUUUGAGGCUUGUUUUUUUCCCUUGAUUGUGAGGAAGACUCUUCUCUGCCCUGGAUUCUCACCAGCUGCACUAAUUCUUCCACUCACACAUGUUUACACCCUGCACCCUUCCUUGAUCGUGGCCUCCAUCCUUCCAGUUUAAGAGGACUGGGCUGACUUUGCUGAGAGAUUAUUUCUGUUCCAUCCUUCUCCCUGUUAGGGUGGGCUCAGUGUGCUGUCUUGACAGCAUGCUGGUGAGUGAGCUGAUUCAGGUACCCAUGCUGUGGUCUCUACUCCUGAAGUGAAGAUCACCACCACCAGGUCAGCUUUGACUUCGUUAUUUUUAAGAAACUUUUUUUUCUGCUGUGUUUAUAUUAACACAAGCUCAUUUUAGUCAAGAUAAUUUAGUGCAGUAUUCUAACCUAGGAGGGCAAGUGCAGAAUGCCAGAUUUUCUACUUUUGACUAGAAAAAUCUUCUUUACAUAAAAUAAUUAAAAUUACCAAAAAAUUUGCAUGCUAUGGCACAUUCUCCUCCACCGUAGGAAGAAAAUCUGGAGGGAGCAAAAAAAUUAUGGCCCAUUAUCUGUUGUGCCAACUAAUUGCAUUUCCAGUUGAGAACUGACCCUCUUUUCUCUAAGCCUAGGGAAAGAAAAAUUCUACAGUAAGAACUGUUCAGAUCACUACACGUAGGUCAGCAAGGCUAAAUGCUCCUAAACCCAUGGAUUAGAAAGAGUACCUUUAAUGUUGUUUUUUCCCCUGUUUGUGCUGUACUUUUUGUGCAUAGUGUCCUUGUUGUGAUCAGUCUCUCCAGGUGAAUGCCCUGUUUGCUCAACAUUGUAGUUUGGCUUGUUAACUAGUCUGUUUAAUAUGUGCAAACCUUAUUGAUUUUGGCUUUGUUUCCUUUUUCUCCUGCUCUUGCCCUUUCCCUAUGUUUCUGUGGAGAAGUUUAGGUGAUAAAACUAGGGAAAUAGGGAACCAGAAAAAGGCUUUGUUUUCACGAAGACAGUACCUGAAAUCCACUUUCUGUGGAAAAAUCCUGCCAGCAGAGCUGAGAACCCAUCACUCUUCAGGUGCAAGGACUGAUUGUUAAAACAGAUGACCUAAAUUCCCAUGAACCAGCUAUGUUUACUGCUUCACUCAUUUCUGUGUCCUAUCCCUGUCCCUAUUACAUCAGGACAUUGUCCAUUUCUGUUAAAUGAAACUGCUACAUCCUGGCUUGGUCCCAUCUACUCCAGCAAGAACAGUGUUAGACUACUGUUGGGGCACUAUCAUGUUGUAUGGCAAGUAGGGUAGAUUUGCUGGUGUAGAUCAAACCUUUGAGUGCUUGUUGCUAGCAGAGUUUCAACCAUAAUGUGCACAGAGCCCUAAAAAUGAGACACUUCAAACAGCAGGCUAGUCUUCACAAUGUCAGACACAAAUAGUUGACCCACUAGGAGUAUAAACAAUUUCAUUUUUCCUGUAGUAUCAUGGGUUUUUUUCCUUCUUACAUGU